AUGGAAAGAACAGUUGAAAUAGAUCAAAACUUUUACGAAUUGUAUGCUUAUCUAGGACGAUAUGAAUAUACUGCAUUUGAUUUAAAUUUAUUUGAAUGUAAAGCAGCAAUUAUGUUAGAUUAUAAAAUAGAAGAAAAUUUAGAUAAAGUAUUAGAAUAUUUUCAUUUAGCUAUAAAAAGAAAUUACGAUAUGAUACAUACAGUUUAUUUAUUCAUAGGAAAACUUUACCAGAAGAAAAAACAAUAUGGAGAAGCAAACAAAUAUUUGACUAUGUGUAUAGAAAUACCUAUUCAACGAAAUAGUCAAACUGAUAUUGUAAAUAAAGAAAACAAUUUUAUUGAAAGAUAA